AUGGAUAUAUCACAUCCUAACAGUUUUCUGCAACAGGAAGAACAUCGGUUAGCCACGUUCAGCGGACAUGAGAUAUUUCCCAUUGAUAUUAGGAAAUUGGCCGAAGCCGGAUUUUACAGUACGGACGCAGGGAAUAAUGUGAGGUGCUUUGAUUGCAAUUUGGAAGUUGAUGUUAAAUCUCUCGCAGUGUCAGAUGACAUCGUUAAAAUUCACAGAACGAUGAACCCUCAUUGCUCAUUCGCAUGCAAAUUGGCCACUAGAGUAUACAGGAACAUGACGUUCGUCAGCUACGAUAGUUUAAGAUACGAAGAACAGCGAUUAGGAACCUUCAUCGACUGGCCUCAUGAAUGGCUGAAACCGUCAGAAUUGGCGGCCGACGGAUUUUACCAUCUCAGGAAAAGGGAUUACUGUGCGUGUAUCUUCUGCAGAGGGAUAGUUGGAGCCUGGGAACGGGGUGACACGCCAAGAGGAGAACAUCAGCGCCAUUUUCCUCACUGUCCCUUUAUUAGGGAUCAGCCAGUUGGAAAUGUUCCCAUUAUUCCUGGCAAUAUUUUAGCCAGGUUACCGGCACUACAUGUGAGUCUGGACGAUUGCAGAUCGUCAAGACGUGUUAAGGCCGACGUUUGCGGAUUAUCGUCAAGACAUAUGGCCGGAUCAUAUCCCGAAUGCAGAGGAUCUCUGGAGGGAAUUGGUCUCUCCCAGCAUUCUGGACCGACACGAAGUGAUUUCAUGACAGUAGAUAGCCGAUUGGAGACCUAUGUCGAAUGGCCUGAGGAUAUUGGUCUGCACAUACAAGAUCUUGCCGAAGCUGGAUUUUUCUACUGUGGUCUGAGUGAUCAUGUUCGCUGUUUCCACUGCGGUAAGGGUCUUCGCAAUUGGAUAUCUAGCGAUAUACCUUGGAAGGAACACGCUAGAUGGUAUCCUACAUGCAGAUUUGUUUUAUUGAUGAAAGGCCAGGACUAUAUCAAUAAAGUCCAGCAAGAAUAUCCACCAUACACCCGCAUAGCAAGUACUAUAUAUUCGGGUAUCGAUAAAGCUGCUUCCGGUAGCAAAUUGGAUCUAUUGAUGAGUUUGGAUAUCGCCAAGGGUGUACUGAGACUGGGAUUUCCUAGUUAUAUAGUCAGGGCCACCCUUAAAGAUCGGGUUGAACAAACCGGCGAACCGUAUAUCGGUAUAGAGCCUUGUCUUGAAGAUGUCAUACAGAGAAUGAACGAAACAGAGAAUCAGGUUGCAGAUAAUCGUUCUGAAAGUACAGCGUGUGAGCCGUCAUCUGGCGAGACUGAUAUUUCAUCUUCGAUAUCUGAACAACAAACUUUUGUAUUCCCAUCUACGUCUGGAACCAUGGAGAAUCGGGUUGCAAAUAUUCAGUCGCUUCCAUCCGAAUCUACCGAGGUUGAACUAUUAUCUCAACAACAAGUUUCUAUAUUGCCAUCUACAUCUGAAAUAAGACGACAACAAGCUUCUGUAUUUCCAUCUACAUCUGAAAUGAUACGACAACAAGCUAUACUCCCUACUGCACCUCUGACUACAACGUUAUCAUCAUCAUCAUCAUCAUCUGAACGAGAAAAUACCGAAACUGAAACAAAGCAUAUUUUGCAAAUAGUCGAAGAAUUCAUAUCGCAGACUAGUGAAGAAGAAGAGGAGGAAUAUGAGGAAAAAAAAGAAUUCAAGUCAAAACAAUCUUAUGAACAGCUGAAAGAGGAACUCGAACGGAUGCGUGAAAAUCGCACAUGUAAAGUGUGCAUGGACAGUGAAAUAACUGUAGUGUUCCUUCCAUGCGCACAUAUGGUUACGUGUGCUUCCUGUGCUGUAUCCCUGAGACAGUGCCCCAUCUGUAGAAGUGACAUCAGAUAUGCAU